CUGCUCUUAACAGAUUACAGCCCCCUCCCAAACACUCACAGUCUUUUAUCCUCCUCUUCCUGUUCCUCCUUUUAAGUCACAUACUCUCUCUUUCAGCAGACAGAACAGGAGACUUGCCCCUUUAGCACUUCUUUCGUUUUCUCUUUGAAUUUAAACCUUUUUGGAGCAUUUUCUCACACCUGAAGCAGCAGUUCACCUGAGCUUCACCGAUGACCAGAUGAACAGACAGCGGCAUGAAGACGACUAAUCUGAUAUGUAAGAGGUGAUGGUGAACUGGUAACUACAACUUACUAAGAUGGAUCUGCUAACAAUAGUCUUUCACUUCCCGCUUUUAUUUUUUGAUCCAUCUGCAGCCACAAGCCUCAUCACAGCGGAUAUAUUUGAAGCCAGAGGUCAACGUGUGUGCAAGGCAGGGAAAGGGAGGCCGUGUUACAAACUGGCCUAUUUCUCCGAGCUCCGGCGGAGGCUGAACUUUGCAGAGGCUGAGCUCGCCUGCAGACGGGACGGAGGGCAGCUGCUGAGCGUGGAGUCGGCAUCUGAGCAGAAAAUCGUAGAGCAGCUCAUCACGGAGCUCCGCCCGACUGAUGGAGACUUCUGGAUUGGUCUCCGUCGUAACCAUGGAGGCGAGGACAGCACUUCAGACUGCUCAUCACAGUACUACUGGCUGGACGGCAGCAAAUCUACAUUUAGGAACUGGCACUGGGAUGAGCCAUCAUGUGGCUAUGAGGUAUGUGUGGUAAUGUAUCACCAACCAUCUGCACCCCCUGGUCUCGGGGGGCUCUACAUGUUCCAGUGGAAUGACGACAAUUGCGACACCAAGAACAACUUCAUCUGUAAAUACACUGCAGAGAAGCCACUGGACCCCUCCCCUUCUCCCAACUCCACUCAAACAGCUCUGAAUUUGGUGUACAUCAUCAUUCCCACCAUUCCCCUGAUACUGCUGUUGCUGACCGUGACUGGAGUCUGCUGCUUCAAACGGCUACUCAGACGAAGGAGAAAACAACAGAAAUCAGAAGUAUGCCAGGCAGACCCGGGCAUCUGCCCCAGCCCGACUCCGUCUGAUGUCUACAAUGUCAUUCGCUCCCAGAAGGACGGGGACCUGGUUUCAGCUCGCCCGCACACCAAAAACACCUCCUUUUUAUGCUCCUCCCCUGACACGCCUACAGGUGACUACGACAACCUGGGGGGUCGGGACACAGAGAGCGGCUUUGUGACUCUUGCCAGCACAGAGAGCUGCUUCCUCAACUUUGACCUCAAUGACCUCAGCCUUGGACGUCGUGGCACCCGCGACUUCUACGACACCAGCUUGGGCCGCUCAGGAAAGAGGGACUUGAAUGACAGCAGUCUGGGUCACACUGGGCACAGAGAGUUUUAUGACAGGAGUCUAGGUCGUCGUACAACAAAGAGUGAGCAUUACGGCAGCAGUGUGUACGGGGACCAUGGAUUGUAUGACAGCAGUGUCAGGGGAGAGAGUGACCUCUAUGAUCCCAAACUGAGGCCUGGAGGUCACACAGUAAAGGCUGACCUCUAUCAGACAUACAUCACCAACGGCAAGGAAGACACUUACCAAACCAGCCUCGGAACCUACGGAAACCGAAAAUCCUACCAAGCUAAUCUGGAUUCCUACAGAAAUGGCCUGAAUCUUGACGGCAGAAGGAGAUACUUCAAUGAACAGGAAUGGAUCAACAGAGAAAACUACUGAUCCUCUAAACAGCUUCUUUAUUGUGUGUGUUCAUCAGUGUGUGAGAGUGUGGACAGGGACGAGAGAAUGGCAAAAAACUGUGCAUGUAUGUGCUCGUAACUGUUUGUACGGUAUGUUUCUGAAACUUUUUAGUUGAUGAAAAUCCGGUGAACACAUGCUAAAACAUAUAUUUUGUUGCUGGGCCAACAAUUCACCAUGUGACGGUUAGUUUGUGGUACUACCACCUAUUUACGCAUUGUAUCGUUUGAAAUUAAAGAGUCAGUUCACCCAAAUUACAAAACACCCCACAGUUUUGGGUUGGAUUUGCUAAAGUUUUGAGACAUCCGUUUCUGAAGUUUCUGCCUCUACCCCACACCUGGUUUGUGAUGCUCAAGGCAUUUGAAAAUUAGCUUUAAGGAAUUAACCUGCAACAUAUCUUUGUGUUAAUGUCCAGCUUACUCUGGAGAAUCCACAGGCCUCAUUGUGAACAGCUUGCACUGGCCCAUGAAAAGUGCUGAAAGUAAGUUUUUUUUUGGCUGGUAAGCAACAGUCAUGAUGGUCCAUGACUGACUUGACCCAGUCCGUGAUAAAUCUACGCCAUAUGGCACGUGACCAAGUGCUGAAGUAUACACGACUGGUCGGGCUGUGUCAAAAUUUAUAGAUGCAAAAAGUUUCUAUCGCAUCGUAUGGGGGGUGUUUAUAGGCAGUGUUGCCAACUUUGCACCUUUGUCGUCAGAUUUACAGACAUUCCACACCCCUUUAGCGAGUUUUCGUCACAUAACAGCCAGUGGAAAAUCUAGUGACUUUUUGGACAAACCUUAGCUAAUUUCCGUACAAGAUCGUCAGUAUUGCCCCGCGAACGCGAGGUCGGGCUUUUCCUCCACAGGCACACCUCUCUAUGCAUCUCAUUUAACUGACCGCACUGCAGUUGAUAUAGAUGUGAAUGAGCUUCUCUCGCUUAACUUUCUCUCUGAGUUAUCAUUUU